AGAUUUUUCGAACCUAUGCACUGAUUUCAAUUCCCCAUUCGCCGGGAAUUGAAUCCAGUAAUGGGAAGGAGAGCAAGUUCGAAAGCGGCGAAGCCGGAGGAAUAUUCGUCGGAAGAAGACAGCAGAAAGCGGAAAUCCUCAAUCGAAGCGGUGAGCGAUGAUGAUGAUGCCGAGGCUAACGAAGAUCUCACCCUCAAAAUCGUUCAGAAAUCCAUGCAGCGAGCCGCCAAGAAUGAUCCCCAUGGAGACGGCAUUGCGGAAGUAGUUGAGAAUUUGAAGGAAGAGCGGAGCAAGAAAGGGAAGAAGAAGAGGAAAAAGUGCAAGGAGGCUGAGCUUAAUGGAGAUGCCGUAACAAAUGAAAUAGAUGCGGGGUUUAGAGAUUUCUGCGGUGAAUUGUUUCUGGUGGAUAAAGUUCAGGAGAACGAAGUGGAUAAAGUUCAGGAGAAUGAGGAACCAAAGAUUGACAACACUGCCGAGGUUGCUAAUAUAGCAGUUGAAACCAAUCCUGUGGAAGUGUCAGAUAAUGCUGUCCUGAGGAAACUUCUUCGGGGGCCAAGGUACUUUGAUCCUCCUGAUAACAAUUGGGGUGCUUGCUAUAAUUGUGGCGAAGAGGGCCACAGGACUGCCAACUGUACUUCAGCUAGGAGAAAGAAACCUUGCUUUGUUUGUGGGAGUUUUGAACACAAUGCAAAACAAUGUAACAAGGGGCGAGAUUGCUUUAUCUGCAAACAACAGGGUCACCGUGCUAAAGAUUGCCCUGAGAGGUACAAGAGUUCAAAGAUAUGUUUAAAAUGUGGAGAUUUAGGGCAUGAAAUGUUCUCCUGCUGGAAUGACUACUGCCCAGAUGAUUUAAAGGAAAUACAAUGUUACAUUUGUGGAAUAUAUGGCCAUCUUUGCUGUAAAGAAUAUGGUGAUCCUGGGCCCAAAGAAUUUUCUUGUUAUAGAUGUGGUCUAUCUGGCCAUACGGGUUUGGCUUGCUCUGGCUUCCGUAGCCAUCGGGAUGCCAAUGAUAAUGCCCCUGAUAGUUCAUGCUACAAGUGUGGCAUAGUAGGACAUUUUGCUCGCGAAUGCACCAGCUCAAUGAAGCAGGCUAGUAAGAGAAACCAUGAAGCAUCAACACCCAGGCACAAAUCUCCAAAAAAGAAGCGGGAUCGUUUGGAGACCCAAUCCGUCCCGCGUGAUAUUGGAAAGUCACGGAAAGGGAAGAAAUUCAAGGACAUUGAGUUUCAUUCAUCUGCAAAACCAAAGCAUAAAGGUGGUUGGUCUACUGAACAUCCUGGAGAUUAUCAUAGCAGUAAAAACCAAGAUAAUUACUGGAGAUCCCCAGCAACCCCAAGAGAUAGAAAAUCUCGGAAUCCCUAUUCAAAUGGUGAUUAUGCAUCAAGUUCUCAUUCUUCCAAAAAGCCCAGGAAGAUCAAUUUCAAUGAUUCGCCGUCAAACGGGUCGAGUAGAUUUCAUCAACGUAGACAUUCAACAUCAAGAUUUGGCAAUAGUAUCAAUGGUUAUGGUGGCACAGGAAGAAAUGAUGAUUGGUGGUAGAUGUUUUAUUUCGACGAGAGGUGGAUUUGGGAUUGUGAUGCCGGCCUAGGCCAUACACAAGGCUGUUUAGGCUGUUGCGUGCAGCUGAUGUUGGAGGUCUUUAGCUUUGUUUUAGCCCUCCUGCAAGAAUAUACAAGUGUGCUGAAAAUUGCCAGCACACUCCUGCGGAAAUGGAAUACUGCUUAGUGAAAAUUUAACAGUGUGUCGUAAUACCAAAGUAUGCCCCUCCUUGCAUACAGGAUAAUAGUGUCCCAAUUGUUUGUUAAUUUGUUCUUUAUUGGUAGUCUGUAUUUUGAUGCGUCAGUUUUUAUAAGAUAAUAUUUUUCCUCAUCUCA